CCUCCACGCCCCUAAAUCAUCACUUGGUGGUCAGGCUCCUGGUGAUGAGUCUCUUGGACUUCGUAGGCUGGUCCUCUGUUUACUCUGAGCAAUUCCAAAGCACAGAGGUUAAGUAACAAAGAUCAAGCAACGAAAGAAAGACACAUCUACAAGGGCUGGGAUAGGGUGGAGAAAGCGGAGCCCCCGCCUCCACUUUGCUAGACCUCAGGCUUCGGGUGGCUACCUAGCUGGGCGCCGCCCCAGAGAGAAGCCUGGCGAGUCCAUGAGGGGCCACCCACACUAGCCUUGACCUGCUGCAAAGUUGCAGCCGCUUUAGUAGCCAAGCUCAGCCGGCUUGGAGCUGCUUUGCGACAGGAGGCCCAAAGAGGAGGAGGAGAGGGAAGGGGAGGAGGAAGCUGAGUUGCUCAGGAGGGAAGGGGGAGGGGCGGCUGGCUGCUCUAGCUGCCGCGGCGGCGGCGCAGUCCCCGGGAGCAGCGCGAGCUGUCGAGUGUCCCGCGGCGGCGGCGGCGGCUAGGGCUGCACGCAGCUGCAGGCAGCCGGGUGACCGGCUUCUCGCGUGUCUGGGUGAGCUUGAGCGCGUGUGCCGGGUGCCCAGCACCAUGCCCGUGUGCUGGCGGAGCUUUGGCGGGCUGUUGCCGGCGUCACCGCGGAUGCUGUUGCUGCUUCUGCUGCUGCUGAGCGGAGGCAGCGGCUGGGGCUUUGCGUCCUGGGCCCGGGCAGAGGAGGUGGGAGAGCCCCUGCCCACGGAGGGUGCUGACGGGCAGGACCCACAUGCCAAGCACUUGUACACAGGAGACAUGUUCACCCACGGCAUCCAGAGCGCCGCGCACUUCGUCAUGUUCUUCGCGCCCUGGUGUGGACACUGCCAGCGGCUACAGCCAACUUGGAAUGACCUGGGAGAUAAAUAUAAUAGCAUUGAAGAUGCAAAGGUUUAUGUUGCAAAGGUGGAUUGCACAGCAGAUACUGAAUUGUGCUCUGCACAGGGUAUUAGAGGAUAUCCCACUUUAAAGUUUUUUAAACCAGGCCAAGAGGCUGUGAAAUAUCAGGGUCCCAGAGAUUUCCAGACUUUGGAAAAUUGGAUGCUGCAGACACUAAAUGAAGAGCCAGCUACACCAGAGCCUGAGCCUGAAUUGCCAACAGCCCCAGAACUCAAGCAGGGACUGUAUGAGCUCUCAGCAGCCAACUUCAAACUACAUAUUGCAGAAGGCAAUCACUUUAUCAAAUUCUUUGCCCCAUGGUGUGGCCAUUGUAAGGCCUUAGCUCCAACUUGGGAACAGCUGGCUUCAAGUCUUGAACAUACAGGAACUGUCAAGAUUGGCAAGGUUGACUGUACCCAGCAUUAUGAGCUCUGCUCUGGAAAUCAAGUACGGGGCUAUCCUACACUUUUGUGGUUUAAGAAUGGCGAAAAGACUGACCAGUACAAAGGAAAGAGGGAUUUGGAUUCACUGAAAGAAUAUGUAGAGUUGCAACUACAGACUGUUGUAGGGGAAGUCUCAGAAACGAUUGAAGCUUCUGAAACCCCAGAACUUGCUACAGAACCUGCUACUGAGAGUGCUGUGCUAUCUCUCUCUGAAGAGGACUUUGAUGACACAAUUGCUGAAGGAAUAACUUUUGUCAAGUUUUAUGCUCCAUGGUGUGGUCACUGUAAGAAUCUGGCUCCCACCUGGGAGAACCUCUCCAAAAAGGAAUUCCCUGGCUUGUCAGGGGUCAAGAUAGCAAAAGUAGAUUGUACUGUCGAAAGAGCUAUUUGCAAUAAGUAUUCGGUACGAGGCUAUCCCACAUUGCUAUUCUUCCGUGGAGGAGAAAAAGUUGGCGAACACAAUGGAGCUAGAGACCUCGAAACAUUACACAGCUUUGUUUUGCGACAGGCAAAAGAUGAACUAUAAAAUCUCCCUUGGGAGUUAAUUCCCUGACUGUUCUCCUAUGCCCAAUUUGUAGGAGUUAGUUCAUGCUAAUGUUGCUGAAUCUCAAAGGGUGGUUAUUUGGGAAACUGAAUGUACUAAAUUUGUGGUAUCUUCUGUGUGUGCGUGUUUUUUAAGCCAACACACUGUACUGAUUAUUAGGUUUGUCUGGGUAAAUAUCUAACAAAUGGUCACUGUGCAAACUGAAUAUUUUCAGCAGCAGUAGAGCAAUAAUUGCCCUUUGACCUUUCUUUGAUGAAAUUCAAAUGGUUUCCUUUAAGACAUAAAUAGAGGUGAGGAAAAUCAAGUUAAGGGAAUUGGCAGACUAUUUUUGACUUUGGGAUGAUUUUGGUCAAAAGUAGCUGCCAAAUUAUAGUUUGUAAAUUGCCCACAAUUGCUAGAAAGGUGGAAACCCUUAGAAGUCCUGUUGUUGCCUUUUAAAGGAAAACUUACCACUUAUUAAUAAGACUUUUGGUAACUUGCUUGGAAAAGAGUUUAAAGAUCAAACUCCCACCUUUGGAAGAGCCUGAAUGCCACCACCAUGGGAUUCUUGUUCUGUUCCUGUUUCAUCACAGGAAGUUAGCCAAAAUGAAAGUGAUGGUACUUUUAACCUGUGCCUGAGUAAGAUUAUGUGAUGCCAUAAUUGUAUGUGUGUGUGUGUGUGUCUACAUGUCAGGUGAAUUAUUCCUCAAGAUUCUCUUGUUUGUUCCUUAUGGAGCAAAAUUUCCACUGCUUCAUUUCUCUUUACUUGAAGCUGGAGUAUUCUCAAACUUUAAUGUUUGAUUAAUCUACUCAUAAAGGAGUAGGAGAGGUAUCAAAGAGCCUUUUUAAAGUAUUGGCAAAGCUCUCUUCAGACUUGGAUUUGGGCUAUUUUAGGAAGCUUUGAAGGUAGUCCUGAGUAUAUUCUAUUAAUAAAUAUUUUUAACUUUGUAAUGAAGAUUUAGAUUAUACUCUUCACCUGGAAAAAAAAAAGGUAGGGUAGCCUUUUGUUUUGUCAUGCAGGUGAGGAAAAAGAGAGGACAUGAAGUACUGCCACAGUGCUCUAAAUGCAGAACUGUAACUACGGUGGGCUGACUGGGGCUUCGCCAUGGAGCACUGAAAUUUAAAGGGCACAAACAAUUUAACACAUCUACUUGAGGUAGAUGCUGAUGUAAUAAUUGUUUCUUUUUGCUCUAGAUUAAUCUGAAUUAUAUGUAUCAUUUUUCAUGAAUUUACAAAAUUCAUUUGAGGGCUCAUUUUGUACUUCUUCCUAAACACAUUUUGUGCUCCUUGCCCUGUUGGCCAAAAUUGCUAGUUAUGGCUCUGUCUAAACGUAACCUCUCCAAAAAUUUCCUUAAAAUGUAAGUGAUCCUUUCAAAGACUUAAUGGGAGGAUAGAUACUUUGUGCGGCCCUGAAAGAUGAUUCUGUGGUGUCUGAGUAUGCUUUUCCCUACUCUUCCCCCAAACCCCUUGUGAUCAGAACCAAAGAAUUGGUGGUUAUGCCUAGAACUCCUUUUGGAAAUGAGCAGCUCCAUAGCCAAAUUCAGUGAAGUUGUUUCUCUUGUGUUAUUCACCAUGUAAUUAAUUACAUCUUGACUAGCUACCUUGUUUAAAGUCUCCUAAAAAUACUUUUCUUCAAGAUCACCCUAACCUUCCCCUCAUUUCUCCCUUUCCCCUUUUCUUCAUUCCAGCCCCACCCCAGGAUAUCUCAUUUAGCACAAGGUGGCAAGAACUUUUUUCAGAUAUAUUUUAUAUACUUUAAAGCAGAGAAUCAACUAGGCCAUCUUACCCAUCCAUCUCUGCCUUGAAGGAAGUCUUUAUUAAACACACAUGGUUGGUUCACAAAUGGUUUUAAAAAAAUUGUCUAGAGAAGCACAAUCCUCAUGAAUGGCUGGAGCUUUGUUUUUGCAUCAUGAGAUUCUUGUAUUAAAAAAAGUGGUACAAUUUGUUUACACUGAAACUUUCUAAAUAAACUCUUUUUUUUUAAAA